CCUCCAAUAAUAAAUAAGAAAAGAAUAAAGGUUGAUUUUUAAGGAUAGUUGUGAGGUAUUGAUGUUUAAGGAGGGAGAUCUAGACUAAACUUAAAUUGAUCAUAAUUCUUUAGAAAGCCUAGUUAAGAAAAAUAGCAAAUAGAUGAACUAAAUUUUCUUGAAAUUUUAAUUAAGUAGUAAGGGAGUCAUUGCAAAACUCAAUAUUAGUUUUAAGAAUUCUCGAAAAUUAAGACUUAAUUAUGAAUAUAUAAAUUAGAAAAGUAAAUCUUAAAGCAAAAAUAAUAAAGUGCGUGCACUAUUAUAAAAUAUAGGUGGCUUCAGUAAUUCUUAGUAUUAUAGGAGACAAAUAAAGUAAAUUGAUAGUAUACCAGAAAUUGCUAUUGGUACAAGUUUAUGAGGUUUUUAGUUCUAUAAACUUAAUAUAAUAGAUGCUUUACCAUCUUGUUAAUUAAAUUCAGAGCAGACAUAAAGAAAAGAAAAAUCCAUACAGACAUUAACUGAUGC